AUGGGUCGCCUUAGAGAAUACCAGGUCAUUGGCCGUCACUUGCCUUCCGAGGCCAACCCAGCCCCAAAGUUGUACCGCAUGAGAAUUUUUGCACCAAACACCGUUGUUGCAAAGUCUCGUUUCUGGUACUUCUUGAUGAAGUUAAGAAAGGUCAAGAAGGCAAAUGGAGAAAUCGUCAGCUUGAACGAGAUCUCUGAGAAGCGCCCAAUGAAGGUUAAGAACUUCGGUAUCUGGAUUAGAUAUGAUUCCCGCUCCGGAACUCACAACAUGUACAAGGAGUACCGUGAGAUGUCAAGAACCGAUGCUGUUGAGGCUUUGUACCAAGAUAUGGCUGCCAGACAUCGUUCCCGUUUCAGGUCGAUCCACAUCCUCAAGGUUGUUGAGAUCGAGAAGACCGAAGACGUCAAGCGCCCAUACAUUAAGCAACUCCUCGAAAAGGACCUCAAAUUCCCUCUUCCUCACCGCAUCUCCAAAUCCAUGACCGCCAACCUCUUCGCCUCAAAGAGACCAUCAACUUUCUACUAA